AUGUUUGCCGAGUUCCCGAUAGCUGCCGAAACGAUAUUCUACCGAUCAGCCCUUUCUUUUGCAUUCGUCAACUUGAAACCCAUGUCUUGGUUAGCCCCAAAGCGUGUUUGCUACCAUCUCACGGAUCUCACCGACGCUGAAACGGCUGAUUUGUUUGUAGUUUCGAAAAAAGUCCAAAGAAUGUUAGAAAAGGUGAGAGACUUUGCUUUGAAAAAAAGCAUCAGAAAGCCACUAGUUGUUCAGCAGCACCCACAUUAUCCGGGCUGUCAUGGGUAG